GGCACAGGGGCCGCCGCCGCCCGAGCAGCCGCAGGCCUUCUGAUGUUCAUGUCUGACACGCUGGAGAGGAGCAUGUCCAUCUUUCCAAUGGCAGCACAAAAUCCACCCUCCACGAGAGCUCUGGAAUGCUGUGAAGACUCCCAGCCCAGGCACACUCCUCUCCGGAUUAUCUCCAUCCCAAGGAAGCUCGUAUCCAAGAGAGUUCCCGGUCUUCCAGCAUGAAUCCUGUUUACAGCCCCGUCCAACCUGGGGCUCCCUACGGAAACCCGAAGAACAUGGCCUAUACAGGUUAUCCAACAGGCUAUCCCACUGCUGCCCCAGCCUACAAUCCCAACAUGUAUCCAACCAGCAGCCCCGGCUAUGCCCCAGCCACACUUCUGAUGAAGCAGGCCUGGCCCCAGACCUCCUCGUCCUGUGCCACCGAGGGCACCUUCCACCUCCCGGUGGACACCGGCACGGAGAACAGAACCUACCAGGCUUCUUCUGCAGCAUUCAGGUACACUGCGGGGACUCCCUACAAGGUGCCACCAACCCAGAGUAACAACGCCCCUCCUCCCUACUCGCCGUCUCCAAACCCGUACCAGACCGCGAUGUACCCCAUCAGAAGUGCCUACCCACAGCAGAACCUGUACACCCAGGGAGCUUAUUACACCCAGCCCGUGUACGCGGCCCAGCCCCACGUCAUCCACCACACCACGGUGGUGCAGCCCAACAGCAUCCCCUCGGCCAUCUACCCCGCGCCCGUGGCCGCGCCCCGCACCAACGGCGUGGCCAUGGGCAUGGUGGCUGGCACCACCAUGGCAAUGUCAGCAGGAACCUUGUUGACCACCCCCCAACACACUGCCAUCGGAGCACAUCCAGUGUCCGUGCCAACGUACAGGGCUCAAGGAACCCCCACCUACAGCUACGUACCUCCACACUGGUAAACCACUGGCCAAUCCAUAUCCGGAGUCAAACAUUGUAUGCAACUACACAAGUCUUACAUCGGUGCUGCGGCCGCUGGGCUGCAGCACCUCGUCUGUUUGCAAGAACAAAAGAAAAAAAAAAGUGCAAGGGUCACUUUAUGCAUUCUUUAGUGGUUUUUGUAAAAGCUGCUUUUUCUAAUCUUCUGCCUCUUUUUUCCCCCCUUCCUCCCCCUCCCACAUGAAUUGUGUAACACACAUACUGACACUGAGCAAUAGUCGAGUUCUCUCUUCGGUCCUAUCAUUUGAAAGCUCAGAAUCUUCACUUUUCCAGCAUUGCCCAGCUGAGUGGUGCAAAGAUCCCCCCACUUCUUGUUCGUUUGGGUUCUUUCUGUUAUUUUUCUGUUGUUGUUGUUGUUGACAAGAGCCUAGAUUUUUUUUGGCUAGUAAGAGUGGUUGAUGUUCAGGGUACUAUGUGAAAAGCACAGCGCUGGUAGGCAGGCUUAUUCCGAUUUGGUUUGGGUAUUUUUAGUUGAAGAAUAUAAAUUAUUCAAUCUUUCAUAACAUAUUACAAGAAAAUUGGUGUCUUCCAGAUAGCUGUCGUGAUAGAUUAUAAAUGCAUUAUCUGCAGUGGAAUUCUGAACUCAUCCCUUCUUUUUGUAGGAGUAAGAGAAUAUAAAUAUAAUUAGCGACGUAACACACUUGUCUUAGGAAGCACGAGGACUGGUCACCAGCAGGUCUUUGGUCUGCUUUUUCCAACUGGGCACACGGAUCAUGGGUGAUGGGAAGGGAGCAGCAGGUAGAUGCAUGCCCUGGGAGCAUCUGGAACCCCUUGGGAGAACGGGAUGCUCCCCCUCAGCCACAUCCUGAGGCAGUGUGAGGGAGAAGGAGGCUCCUUCCUUGUGUGGCUGCUGUUUGCAGUCACAGAUGUGCUGGGCAGCUGCUGAGGGAAGCAAGGAGAUGUCCAAAGGUUGGGCUGGAGAGCUUCUCCAGGUCCAAGGGUUGAUCUGGGGAGCUUCUCUCAGUUUAGGAUUUGGUCUGAAGAGCUCCUCUAGGCUUAGGGUUUGGUCUGAGGAGCUCUUCCAGGUUUAGGAUUUGGUCUGAAGAGUUCCUCCAGGUCCAGUUUUUGGUCUGAGGAGCUUCUCCAGAGUAUGGUGGUGUGGGAAAAGAGGGCGUCUGGUUGAUGGAGAUGGGUCUUCAAGGCAGAGUGAGGGCAGGAUGGGUGGCUUCAGCUGGCAGCCAUGGUGUUGGCGGGGCUGAGACCAAACUGCACGGCCUCGGUGGCAGUUGAGGUGUUCCCUUCCCAUUCUUGGGUUACAGCUCCAGGACUUCCAGGAGAAACGUUCAUCCAAGCACAAAUACCAGCACCACAGAGAAAGCUGGGGAGGGGGAUGAUGUCUGGCUGCUCUGCUUGGAGAGGUGGGAGAGGAGGAAGCAAUAGCAAUAAACACGUCGCCUCCUUCACGGGAAGGCACCUGAGAAGAGGUGACAGCAGGGAAGGUGAUCCACAGUUGGCAUGGACCAGGAUGGGGGGCACCAGGCACACAGAGGCUGUGGGCAUCAGGGUCAUUUUGGGGGGGUUUGGCUUACCUGGGGACAUGGGGACAGUAAGCUGGUGACAUCCCCCCUCGGGGUGUCCAAGUAGAGCAAUAAGUUGUCUUGAGGGCAGCAGAGGCAGUUUGGAUUUGCAGACAAUGCUUGUGGCCAGUUUGUUUUUAAAUCCUUGUCACUAAACCCAGCAUAGAAACAAGGGGUUUGGGACUUUUUUGGGGUUUUUUUAAUGACAAAAGCUUGGUUAGGUUUUGAUUUUUGCCUCAAGUGUGCCAAAAUGUUCCAUGCUCUCAGUGGAGUCUCCCAGCUUGGCUUGGGCUCCUGGAGCUCUUUCCCUCCCACUGGUUGGUCCCAGGAGUUUGUCAGGUUGGGUGUUGGCAUUGGCACUUCUGUUUGGGGGUCAUUUGGUUGAUUCUGCUGGUUUUGAAGGAAAUCUAGAGCAAAGCUCUGGUUGACCUCCUCAGCCUCAAGAGGAACAAAGUGGGGGAAGAUUGUGCUGUGGGGUGGGGAAGGGGCACCCUUGGGCUGCACUUUGGGGUGGUAUUGAGGGAAAGGAGAAAGGAAAAAGAGCCAAUCAUCAGUGGGUUCCCCAUUUGGCUUGGCAAAGCCAAGGAUUAGUAAAGAGCAACAGGGCCUUGGGAAAUAACACCCACACAUCAUCCUUGCACUGUUUGUAGCACAUUGCAGUUAAACCUGGGCCAAAAAAUCCCCAGAUCCUAAGAACUGAAGAUUUCUGAGAUCCCCUUUUCAUGUUGACUCUGUGUUACACACCAGGAGCUGUCUGUCAGCACUGAGUCAGGUCUCCCCUCGUAAUGGCGCUCUGGUUUGUGGGGUCCCAGCAAGCUUUGGGAUCCCAGCCUGGGCUCUGCAAACAACCUGAACCAGCAGACACCAUCCCACCACUGUCCCAGACACCCUGCACCACUUCAGGAACCACUCCUAAAAUUCUGGCCCAUGUGUGGAAAGGAGAUGUUGGGCUUUCUCCUGGAAGGAAAAGAAACAUUAAAGAUGGGGGAAAAAGCCCCAGGAGAUGAACACGGUGGAUCACCCAGUGUUCCCACUGGCACAGGGCAGUUGGGUUUUAAUUCCUUUGCUUGGAUCAAUAGCAGAUCCAGAGCUCCUCAUCCCAUUAUUCCCAGGCAGAAAUACUCAUUAACCAAAGUGUGGAGAGGUGAAAUAUUUGCCACCUGCUGGGCCAGAGGCUUUAGUGAGGACAUUUGGUAACCAGCCUUGAGCCACUGUGUGGAACCAGGGCCACCACAUGGCUCUGGGGUCACCACACAGUGCCAGGCUUGGGUAGCUCCUUCCCAAGGUGGGGAGAUGCUCCCUGCCCUUCCCUGGGUCCCAAGUCCAUCCCUUGGUCAAGUCAUGGCUCAACUGAGGGUCCUGGGAAGGUCACAAUGGGGGACACUGAUGGGGGCCACCAGCUUCUCAGAUAUUUCAUUCCAGCAAAGCUUUGCUGAUGUUGGUUAAGGAAAAGGGUUUUCCACAGUGGAGGAUCACACUGGGCAUCAGUGGGAAAGAGCAGGAGGGGUUAAACCAUCCUUAGCAGCCACUGAAGUGUCCAAGAUUAAAAUUCCAGCUAAAGAGGAAGGAAAAAUAACUCUGAACCAUUAAUCCAUCCCAGACCUUACCUUUAGUUCAGAACACAAGCUGCGAUGCAAGAUUUGGGGGAAAAUAGGAUUUUAGUGGUGGUGGUGACCCCCAAAGCCCAGGAGCCCCUUGAAGCCUGAGGCCAUCAUGCCUCCAAGUGGCUGAACCCUCCAGGCAAGGAUUUGCUACUGCAAGUUAUGAAUAAUAAAUCACUCAGUUCAGCAUGGUUUCAGUUUUGGGAUGUAAUUCCCAGGAAAUGUUAUUUAAGGGGUUUGUUUUAAUGAGGGAUGUUCAGAGCAUCAGGUUUUCCUCCAGCCACCAGCAUCCCACUGAAUCUGGUCCUUCCCAGAGAGACCCCCUGACUCUUUGCCAUCCCCUCUGGGAAUGUGGUUCCCAGCUGGAGGGCAUGAAAUGGGAUCCUGGCUUUUCAGCAGGGUGGAAAACAACAUUUGAGGCUUUAUUUUUGGUAAAAUCCAACCAGCCAACAAUAGCAAUAAGAGCUGCUGGAUACCCAUAAAUCCAGGAAUUUUUGGGUUUUUUUUUUUUGUGU